CUCUCGUCUGCUGCUUUCGGGAUUUGCUGAUGGGGGGUGUUGUUGUGUCAUUUGUACUCAUUUAUUCAUGCAUCAUCGGCCGUGUUCAUUCGUACACAACCGGGUGGCCUGAAGGUAUGGUGGGCGGGAGAGAGGGCGGGAGAGAGGGCGGGAGAGAGAGGAGCACACAUCUGCCCGCCUGCCUUCAGCACCACUGUCUGCCUGCCUGCCUGCCUGCCUGCGCUCCUUCAGAUGUGGAGUGCGCCCCCGACGGCAACCGCGCGAGUCAGAUCACUGCACACCCACACAAGCACAUUAUCUGCCACAAUGUAGAUCUGCCGACAAUGUGGGAUGGUCUGUGUGUUGGUUUGUUGGCUGCAGACGUCUGCUUCCAGCCAGGCAAGGCGACAGUCCCGCCUCCGCGAGAGAAUGCCAGGUGAGUGGGAGAGAGAGAGAUGAUCUACAUCUCAUCUUUCCCUCUCCCUCUGCAGUUGCUACGAGUGGGACUACAACAUCCCCGACAACAACAUCAGCGAGCCCAUCACCGUCAGCGCCAUUGGCGUCACCGACAACGUGUUUGAGAUCUCGAGCGUCGCUGUUGACGUCAAUGCGCUGGGCCACAUGGUGGCACGACCGUAGUACGAACACAGACAGGCCGACGAGUGACAAACCACCCCGUUCCGGUUCUUUCAUUGCUCCAGCGACUGUCAGAGGGGCUGCCAGGUUUAUGACCGGUGCAACGCGUGGACAUUCACCAGGCGCGGCGGGUGCUUCUUGAAGUCAUCGGACGAGGGCAAGGUGUAUCAGCCAGAGGAAAAGACCGAGAGCGGUAUCGAGAACUGGUAUGUGUCGGGCGCCAAGUACUCAAUGGACUGCACCCCGCAAGGUAUGAAUGGCGAGUGCACACACACACGCGAUAUGGCCCUCUGUGGUGGUGUGCCUUUCCCUGUUGGCUCAGGUGCAUUGGUGAGCCCCUGCUAUGAGUAUAACGUGAGCGUUGGCCCCCAAAGAGGAGCCGGACAUUCCCUCUGUCAAGGCGUGUGUCCAUUGUGUGUGUGCAGAUGAUGUGUCUGUUUCCGAACAGCCGCCACCACUACCAGGAGGGGGGCGAGGAUCUCACCGUGGAGGAGUGCCAUAAUCUAUGCCGCGAAAUACCUGCCUGCAUGGCAUUCACACAUUUCGACCGGUUUCCCCGCAACGGACAAAUCGUGAGGAACGUCUGCAGGAUAUGCGGGCAGAAGGAUCGCAAGAUAUGCGCCCCAGGGGCAGUCAUGGUAAGCAAUACCCAGACAUCCACACGUGUGUAAUGAUGCUCUCUGUCUGGGCGUCUACUUUUCCCCUUCAACCGUAGGGAUGGGUUGAGGUACGGUUGAAUGGGGAAAAUGGAUACUAUGACACAGAAUGUCAUCGUUACAUGUGGGUGUCUGUCUGUCUGUGUGUGUGACACAGGGCCACGACUGUGGUCCAGUCCCCGGUACCACGUGGCCGCCCCCGCCUGUCCCCCCUCUCAAUCGCGACGGCCUGCACAACAUGCCCGCUGACCCGUCUCUCUAUUGGGGGCUGCCCUCAGAGCCGAAUGCAUUGGCCACAGGCAAGAAAGGGACAGCGGAGGAGCGUUCAUUCCAACGGGGAGACAUCGGUGUGCCGCCGUUUCUGACCAAGCCCCUCGAUUACUCCGUGCGUGCCAACGAUGAGGUUCGUGUGGGGAUUGCAAACUGCGGAUGCUAUCAAUUCGGCGUACAGCCCGACCCUGAAACGUCCACUGUAGUCGCCAACAUCGACCUGUGAGCACACACAUAAAGAGGUACAUGCCAUGCGAUGUGUCUUCAUUUCUUCCGUCGUGACUUAUUAGGCUGACCUAUCCCCCGGCCAGCUGCCAGGAACUGGUAAGGGGAUCGGCACACGUCCGCCCGUCCGUCCAUGUGCACAACGCUCCCUCCCUGGCUUGGUGUUGUUCAGUGCGUUGAGGAUCCGGAGUGCGAGGCGUUCUCGUCAACAGACUACAAGUGCCUCCUUUGGAAGAAUGUGACUGAGUGGCGGCUCGAUCAGGUGGGUCCAUAGGCUGGCAACACUUGUCGAGCAGCCUUCCAUCCUUGGAUGCUUGUAUGCCUGCAGGUGGAGCCGAUUAUGAUCUCAGGACCGCGGCUGUGUCCUACAACGCUCAUUGGUAUACACGCCCGCCAACGCAUCUCUGUGCAGAUAUAUGACUCGAUCGGCGUCGUGUGUGGCUUCGUGUGUGCAGAGCAGGGCUACGCGUGCAGUCUGGACCACUACAGAGCGAAAUUCUCGUCGCUGUCGCUGCUCAUGCUGCGAAUCCCAAAGAUGUCGAUGCCCUAUGGCGAGAGCUGCCCCACACAGGCACGCGGCGCACACCCCUUUGUGUGCCCGUCGAGAAAACCUCUUUGAUCCACCCUCUGUGUGUGCAGAUCAACCCUUAUGUGUUUGUCUUCAUCAUGGCGGCGUGUCUGCUGGUUUUCAUGGCGUAUGGCUACGCCCGUCACACUCGGAGGCGUCAUCCCAGCACGGUGGUGUGGCGCGUGGUCAUGGCGGCACUCGCUGCAGUCGGCACUAUCGCACACGGUGAGUCAGCCAGGCAGGCAGGCAUACGAAGGGCUACAGGGUGGAUCGUUAUGCGUCUUCUCUCUCUUUCUGCAGUUGCAUUUGUGGUCUCCUUGUUCCGUGGCAAUUACAUUGGCAUACUCUUCUGGGUCGCAUGUGGCCAUUUCCUUGCCGUAAGUGACGAACAGUAGUACAGCGAGCUGUUCAGAUCAAUAUUGAUGGUACGCGAUCAGAUGGUGUUGUUCAACGAGGUUAUUGUGGUCAUCUACAAUGUGUUCUGGGUAAGUGGCUCGGCGGGCGACACAGACAAAGAGACACACGAAGACUAGGCAACGGACGCCUCCUCUCUCUCUCUCUCUCUGUGUGUGUGUGUGUGUGUGUAGGUGACGAGCCACCCAUCCUACGCCCAGACCUUCUCCCGACUCAGAAUCCGGCGGGCUUUAACGCGAGACAAGACCAAGCUCUCCGACAGCACCACCAUAGCCACCACCCAGCCUGACCAGCAGCUGAACCAGCCCCCAAUGGCCAGGAAGAGUGUUAGCUUCGUCGACCAUCUCGCCGAGCCGCCAAAUAUUGACGACACAGAAGGAGGAGAUCUCGAGUCCAACAAGACCGCCAAUGACGACAUAGCGUCCUUCUGUCCGUCAUUCGAUUUCAGCGCCCUCUCAUCUGACGCCGUCUUCGGGCCGUGGGACACCCAAGUCGGCAAGCACGCCGGCGACCUGGCCCUGCCGGAAGAGGUCACCGAAUCAGCCCCGCCUGAGAUCGACUCCUCCCCCACCACCGCCAGCAGGAAGCUGACCGAGGUCGCCACCCCGCUCGGCGCGCAAGCGGCAGACGUGCCGCUCGUGGCGGAGUCGUGUCCUCCGACAUUCACACAUGAGCCUGAGGCCGAGGCCGCCAAGACCAUACCCUCAGAGAACACCGGCCACACGAGCGUGGAAGUGGCGCGGCUCAUCAACAACAACACCGAUCGCGACGAGACGGACGGCUCCGGUGGCAGCGGCGCUGAAACCGGUCUGAUUUUCGUGCUCUUCUGCAGUUUCUUCAGCAUCGGGGUGCUCCAUCUGUGCUGGUCGAAGCUCGGCAACAAGUCCUUCUUCAACAUCGGAGUCAAGCCCGAAGCGUUUCUGUCGCUCGAGCUACUGGCACUGGUCGGCUAUGUCCCUAUGCUCUUACUGCAGGUCAGACGAUGCAGAGAACGCACAAAUCCCGUCAUCCAUCCAUCCAUCCAUCCACCUGUUGCCUUCUCUUUCUCCUUUAGCUUCUGACGGUGUUUAUGAGCGGCGGCGAUGGUGAGGUGGCUGAUGCGGUUCCCGCCGCGACCAUGGCGGCCGUUUUGCUGGCGGUCGUCAACAUUGCGGGGGUGCUGAUACGCUUCGUGCGGGGGCGGUGCGGCAAUCGUGCGUGAGCAUGAACAUGACCAUGCCGACCGACCGACGUGAGUGAGUGAGUGCAGAUAGUCUCUGUUGCGUUACGUGCAUUCACGAGUGUGGGACUUUUUUUACGACACGGGGGCAUCGUAUGGCAGACGGACUGGUGUGUUUUGCUGAGAGUGUGAGAAUGUGAGAGUUGAGUUUUACAGCUCUUCCUGCCUGCCUGCCUUUGUCUCCCCUCUGUGUGGCGUUGGUUUGCUUCCGGUUUUAUAUUCAUGUUGUCGUUGUCGUUGCCCCAUUUGUCCAUCCAUCAGCCUUGUUGAUCCCUCCUUUGUUGGUUGGCCGUGUGUGUGGUGUCUGUCGAUGUGUGUUGUGUGUUGUGUGAGUGUGUGUCUGUGUCUGUGUGUGUGUGAUUUGCACGUUUUGGAAUGCUACCUACUCAUGAGUGGGGUGGGGCUCGCACGACUACGUAUAUGCGGUCUGAGUUUUUGAGGGCGACGGCUGCACGUCUAAGUGUAUCUCAUUGCAACCCCCUGCCUUGCUGCUGCACGGAGGAAUGGUCAUGAUGGUGCUUCAUCUGUGUUGUCUUUUCAUUUGGGUGCUCGGGUGGAUGUGCCGGCCAUGCGGCUGUGUCGUCGGCACAUACGGUUCGCUUCCUGGAGGCCGGGUACCAUGUGUGUUUACAUGGUACACGGCAUACGCACGUAUUGCUACGCCAGUCUCGGUACGUUCGUGUGGAUGUCUUAUAUAUCGCGUUCAUGGCUCCCGCUGUGCCCGCCUGCCUGUCUGGUGACGCUGUCCGCUGUGUGUGUGCGUGUGUUCCUCUUCGUGUUGGGGUUGGGCUGUUGGGGAGCAUUGUGUGCGUGCACGUUGUUGCGUUGUGUUGGGUGCCAUGUAGCUGCGGGUACGGCGGCAGUGUCGUUCGGAUAAAGGGGAUAGAUAGACGGGCGACAGAACAGGGAGGGCAGGCCUAGCAGCAGCAGCAGGAGGGCGGGCAGGGGAGGCGAAUGCUGCAUGACGACAAUGCAUUGAUUCUGACAACGACUCGUUAACGUGGGAGGCGAUGACAUGCAGCACUGUCCGUUUGUCUGUCUGUCUGUCAGCGUGCGUUUCUCUUUUCUUACAUGAGUGCGUGGGUGUUCAUCCUUCGCAGUGACGAAGGGCAGUGGGUGGGCGGUUGGGGUGGCUGGGUGUUAACAGGUUGCUGGGUGGCUGGGUGUAGUGCUUGGUCGCGGCCCCCUCGGUUCUCUCCCUUCUCUCGUUGCUUCUCGAUUGCGAUGCGUAAGUGUGUCCGUCCGUCGGUGUGUUCACUAUGUUCACUAUCUCGUUGUAUGUCUGUCUGUUUCUCACUCUCUCUCUCUCUCUCUCUCUCGCUGCGUCUUCUGAGUCAAGUUCUGACUGGUCUCCUAACGGGCUCUCUCUUGAGAACACAAAGACGAGCGAGCAAGUAGCGCAUCGGAUCUGUCGGUCUGUCUGUCUGUCAGUCUGUCUGUCUGUCAGUCUGUCUGUCUGCCUGUCUGUCUGUCGCCUGUGAGCACUUGUUUCUCUCGGUCUGUUGUGUGUGUGGCUGUAUACAUGCUACAAGCCUGUCCGUCUUGCAUGGCUGCCUGCCUCUCGCUCUCUUUGUCUGCCUGCCUGGCUGCCUGCCUGUGUUGUUCUUCUUCUCUCUGUCCUGUCCUUCUCUCUGGGUGGGGUGGGUGUUCGUCUGUCUGACUUCUACGGAUGGAUCAGUCCCAUUCACAUGGUGGGUGGAUGCAUCCGUGUCGUGCGUGCGUUGGUUGGUGGUGCGUACCUUAAGGCUACAGCGCGUUCCCUGUAGAGUUGUAGAGGAUUCUCUUGAGGGACAGGGGGUCCCCUCUUGAUCCGUAGUUGAUCUAUGCCGUUGGGUCGCAGUCGCUUGCGUGGCGCGCUGUGGCCUGGUUUGACUUCGUGCUGUCAGUCAGAGUGGGGUGGAUCAGUCACAUGGAUCCAGAUGCAAGCAGUCCUUUAACGCUGUUCAUGCUGCAGGCGCAUGGACAGAUGAGUGAGUUUUUCGAUCGGCCAUGCAUUGCAAUGCAUUGCUGACAUACAUGUGUGAUUGAUGUUCAUACCGUGCGAACGAACGCUUGCUUGUUGUGGGUGUCCCGUCCCGUCCCGUCCCGUCCAUGUGGUUCUAUGAGGCUUGCCUGUUGUAUGUAUGUGUGUGGUGUGGUGUGGUGUGGUGUUUGUGGCAUUUUAUGGAUGUGCGGGCUUGUGAACUUCUGUAUGUUGAGGUCUCCUGACUCAAGGCAUCCUAAGGUUGGUUGAAUCCCCUGUCUGAUCCGUAGUUGAUCUAUGCUGUGGGCCGCAGUCGCUUGGAUGCUGUCUGUGUAGUGAGUGAUGCGGCUUCGCUUCAUGCUGUCGUGUGCGUAUAAGUGUAUUGUCUCGCGUGUUGUGGGCCGUGUGCGUGCGUCUGUGUGAUCUGGGCGACGCAGCCCUGCCUUCGUACGGUGGGAGAG